AGCUGUUCUGUCAAUGUGUUGUGUUACUUCAUUCAUAAACAUAAUUUAGUACACUUGCUGUGCUUUGCUUUGUGCUUUUCAAUAAAAUUCCAUGAGUGAAUAAAUUAUCACACACAUUAAGAGAUUAUUUAAAAAAUAUGUCUAAGACCAACAUCAAGUAUUUCAUACUUACCGGGGACCCUGGAGUAGGCAAGACUACGUUGACGAAGAAAAUCUCGUCUUUGCUGCGGGAGAAAGGAGUUCCUACAUCAGGAUUUUACACUGAAGAAGUCAGGAGGAAUAGAGUCCGAGAGGGUUUUGAUGUGGUCACCUUGGACGGUGAAAGAGGACCGUUAGCAAGAGAAGAAUCACUCUUGAGUAACCCUGCAAAGUAUAAAGUUGGGAAGUAUGGAGUCACUGUUCAAGAAUUCGAGAAAAUUGCUUUGCCUUCCUUGCAAAAGAUGGAAGCUAACCACUUGAUGGUGAUUGAUGAAAUAGGUAAAAUGGAGUUCUUCAGUCAGCCAUUCAAAUCCAAAGUGAAAGAAAUUUUCAGCGAUACAUCAAACAACAUAGUUCUUGCCACAAUACCUGCGAGGAAGAGUGAUAAUCUUAUAGAAGCUAUAAGGAAUCAUAGACAUGCCAAAGUUUUUAUGGUAACAAGAGAGAAUAGGAAUACAAUUGACAAGAUCAUCUUGGAAGAAAUGAAAAAGACAUUGAACUUUGUAUGAGAACUGUUCAAGUAGGUACUGUAAUAAGGAAAUUUUUGUUAUUACGGUCAAUAUUAUUCACAGAAGGUUCUAGAAAUAAAUAGAAAUGAUUUGACAAAUUGUAAAAACAGCAGCUGUGAUUAGUUUUUGGGUUGGAGAAGCGGAAUUACUGUUGACACUGAUGUCCCUCAUUACAGUACAAUUAAAUUAUUAACAAAAUACAUAAGCAGCAUUGUGAAAAGUUGCGAUUUUAUGUGAAGUGCGUCGUCGUUAAUUGAAAUGUGUUUUUAUGAUCUGCCUAAAUAUAUAAAUAGGUGCCUAGUCUCCAAAAGUUUGGCAAUGCAUUAAAAUAAAAUCUUAAAAUCUAAAAUGGCAUUACAAAAUUUGUACUUUUGACAAUAUCCAAGUAUGGUAACUCAACAAGUUUGUUGAUCUAUGUUGUUAUAAUAUUAAAUGGCAAUAUAAAACUA